AUGGAACGUAAAACAGCCAUUCUGGCAAAGGAAUUUCGUCGCUAUGACAUUGAUAUUGUUGCUUUAAGUGAAACCCAUCUGUUGCAUGAAGGAAAACUUGAGGAAGUCGGUACAGGUUACACAUUCUUUUGGAAAGGACGUCCUUCAAAUGCGACACGACAAUCGGGUGUAGGUUUUACUGUCAAAUCCUCCUUGGUGGGUAGUCUCGACAACCUACCAAGGAGAAUAAAUGAUCGUCUAAUGACACUUCGCCUACCUCUUUCUGGUGGUCAAUUUCUAACCUUGGUCAGUUCAUAUGCUCCAACAAUGAAAGCCUCCGAAGAAAUCAAAGAGAAAUUCUAUGAUAAUUUGAGUAACAUUAUUGGUGCUGUGCCAAAGAAGGACAAACUGCUCGUCCUAGGUGAUUUCAAUGCUCGAGUUGGUAGCAAUCAUUGCACAUGGAAAAAUGUGCUUGGUAAACACGGCAUUGGAAGAGAGAACAAUAAACGCAAUCAAAGCACUGCUGAUGCCUACCAUCAUGCAAGAAAAGCAGCAAGAGCUAGGCUCUCUGUGAUGAAGAACAAAUGGUGGUUACAGAAGGCAGAACAGCUUCAGUUAGCUGCUGACCAGCAUGACUCUAGUGGCUUCUAUCAAGGCCUAAAAGAGGUGUUUGGGCCAAGCUUCUCUAUGGACGACGAGAAAUUAUUGACUCGUUUGGGUCAGCAUUUUGCAAGCAUCUUGAAUCAUCCAACAUUUAUUUCACAAGAAGCUCUUGACAGCAUUGAUGAACAGCCUGAUCUAGUUGUAGCUUGUGAACCACCAUCUAACAAUGAGAUAAAUAAAGCUAUCAGGAAAAUGUCAAGGAAUAGAUCUCCUGGUGCUGAUGGCCUACCUGCUGAAAUUUUUCAACAUGGAGGAGAACUGCUGUUGUUCAAACUAGGUGAUUUCAUUCGUCUAUGCUGGGAACUCGAAGAUGUACCCCAGAACUUUAAAGAUGCCAGCAUAAUCCAUCUACACAAGAAAAAAGGUAGUCAAUCUGACUGCAACAAUCACCGUGGGAUCUCUUUGUUGUCUGUUGCUGGCAAAAUUAUGGCCAGAGUUCUUCUUGAUCGUCUUGUCUCAAACUUUUCAGAGAGUAUCCUUCCUGAAAGCCAAUGUGGUUUUCGUUCUGGUCGUGGUACGUCCGACAUGAUCUUUUCAGCCAGGCAGCUUCAAGAAAAGUGUCGUGAACAGCACGUGGAUCUAUUUAUGGUCUUUAUUGACUUGGUCAAAGCGUUUGACUCGGUUGAUAGAACUGGCUUAUGGAAAGUCCUUUUGAGGCUUGGCUGCCCGGUUAAGAUUGUGAAUCUAAUCAAAGCCUUUCAUACUGGUAUGAUGGCUUGUGUUGUCGAGGAUGGGUCAAAGUCAGAAAUGUUUGCAGUAAACAACGGAGUGAAACAGGGCUGCGUUCUAGCACCUACUCUUUUUAGCAUUUUGUUUUCCGUGGUUUUAAAUGAUGCCUUCAAGAACAUCCGAGAGGGUGUUCGAGUUGAGUUUAGAACUACUGGAGAUGUAUUCAAUCUCAGACGCUUACAAGCCAAAACAAAGGUUUCUAAGAGUCUACUGAGAGAACUCUUGUUUGCUGACGAUUGCGCAUUAGUUGGUCACACAUAUGAAGACAUUCAAUACAUUGAUAUCAAAGGCCAGUGCUGCUUUUGGUAA